AACGGACUUGUGCAAAGCGCAAAGAAACCGCAGCAUUUAUUUUUUGUGAUUUUUGUGAUAAUUUAUGUAAUUUUAGUUCCAAAAGUCCAAAUUUUGCGUUUUUCGUGGAAAAUAAGGUGAAAAUCUGUUGAUUCUAUGGGGAAAGACCGCAAGAAGUACUAUGGGGACAGGGAGCUUUACAAGCACCCCUAUGCCCGAUACCAGGCUGCGACCGGAAAUGACGCCUAUGCACCCUAUGCAGGCCCCUCGUAUACCGUGAAUUCGAUGGACACUCCCUGGGGAAAUCCCUACUAUUACUCCAGUGGACCCUUUUAUACCUCCCAAUAUUCUCUUGACUGCUACGGAACUUACUGGACGAGAAAUUUGACGUCGGGAACGUCAUAUCCUGCGGAGAAUAUGGUUCCCAAAACGAGGUGUCCGGAAAAUGUUAUAGUAAUCUCGCCAGAGGUACCGCAAGAUUCCUCUCCACAUGAUGUGCUUGAAGAGAGUCCUUCAUCAGAAUCUAAUUCUGCUUCGAUUCUCUCUGAUAUCUCUGCAAGGAGUUCUCCCAUUGAUUCAGGAAAUCCCUCAUCGAUAUCGUCUGAUUGCUCAUCAGCUGAGUCUUCAGAGCUCUUAAAAGUUUCUGCAGAAAUUGCAGGAUUAAAACCAAAAGUCACCAAGACUGAUCCCCAAGAGAUCAUACAUUCGAUCUCUGCAACACAUACGGUUCAUCCUCUGGAUCGUUUGAACAUCUCAAUCGUCUCAAUCUCAUCUGAUACCGACUCUGACGAGGUAAAGAAUACCUUGAGAUCUGCAAAGCUCUUUGCAAAAGACACAAAAGAGAAAGCCCGUAAGAAGAUUGAAAGGAAUAAAUUUUACACUUCCAUUGAUUCCUCUCAAGUUCUUUUGCUCCUCACCGAAAGUAUCUACUUUUACGGGAAUUUGUCCAUAAAAUUACUAGCUGGAAGUGCUUCUGUCUCAGGAUAUACGCUUGAUGUGGAGGAAACUGUUAAGGCACACGUACCCAUUAGACACUCCUCAAUCAGUAUUACUCCAAGGACUUCGACGAAGGAUGCAAAAUGCCCAAGAAAAGUGUGGAAAAAAUCUCUCAAAAAGAAUAAAUUCAUCAAGGAGAUGUUUUUCGAUGAUGACCUCAAGGAAAUAAAGAAGAACUUGAAGGAUUAUCAUGCAAUCUUACUAAUUCAGAGAACUUCAAGCAGACGGACUGAAAUUGUGGAGAAAUACUCAGAUAGUAGAAUAUUCCCCAGUAUUGUGAGCUCUAGAACUCAUACAGCCUUUGCUGCAGCAGAACAUAUCCUCCAAUCUCGUUUUAAUGAGGAUAAUAGUCCCAGGAGUGACAACAUACGCAAGGAUCCCCACUGGGAUGAUGUAAUUGUGCGAAAGAGUAGUCGGAUUGUUGUAGCUGGUGGGAAGAAUGUGGGCAAAUCCACUCUUAUUCAUCAUCUUGUGAAUGAAAAUGUGAAGAAGUUCGGGAAAAUUCUUCUCAUUGACCUUGAUAUAGAGCAACCUGAGACCUUUGUACCUCAGACAGUGUCUGCAACUCUUCUUGAUGGUCCCAUCAUUGGUAUGGGAUGUUUUGCGGAGAAACUUCCUCUGAAGAGUUACCUCUUUGGUGAUCAGAACGUCGCAAAUUGCCCCCAAACGUACAUUGAGUGCGUCGCCAUGCUCCUGAGGGAUGUACAAGAGAGUCAGCAGUGCAAAAAGAUACCCUGGAUAGUCAAUACGAUAGGGUAUGUCAGUGGAAUUGGCAUGGAGUUGAUGAUUGCCUUGCUGAGGCUCAUUUCUCCCACGGAUGUCAUCGAAAUCAUUCGCGAAAAUUUUAAAGAAAAUUUUGACUACAAAAUUUCGCCAAAAUUGGUCAAACACUGGACAUGGACAAUUCUAAAUAGCAGUGAUUUGCCAGAAAUUCCGAGUUGGAAUUUCGAGACGUACCAAUUCAAUAGCAUGAACGCCAAUAGUCCUCUCCGUCCACCUUUUGACGCCAACCCCUCAUUACCAGCAACGAGAGAGAUCAGCAUCUUAGCUCAUCUUGCGGAUAUUUUGGAAGACAAUUGCGAUUUAUUCACUAAAUCCAAAUCCGUUUGGGCUCCUCUGGAUGUGAUUAAGUUCAUCAACUACACUGAUGAACACAUCGGAGAGGAAUACACCCACGAUAUUUUCAAUGCCAAUUUGGUGUAUCUGUGCAGGAUGAUUGGUGAUGAUAUCCAUGAAUGUCUGGGGAUUGGGAUAGUCCGUGCCAUUGAUAAAGUAUCCCGGACGCUUUAUCUUUUGCCAUCUACUAGAGAAAAUCUCGUUGAGGUGAAUGCUCUAGCUCUGUGCGGAACAACAAUCCCAUUCCAGUUGAUGAUUUUGCAACAAUCUGGCAUACGAGGACACCUACCCUACGUCUACACCACACGGGAAAACUAACUAAAUUUCUCGAAGUCAUUCUAUGCGUUCUUUAAUUUUAUUUUCAAUGUUUAUAAGAUCUUUAAAAAGAUUUCAAAAAAUACUUUUUUUCUAAUUUUUUUUUCAAUUAAAAAAAUUCUAUAACUAUU